AUGACUCGACGACUUUACGAUCACGCGACCGGAGAAGAUGCCAAGGACCACAACGAAACGAUGCGAGCAGUUCCGGGAACGUUUGGGGGAGCGGCAGCGCUUCUCCCGCGCGCCAAGAAGACUUGCCAAUACUGUGGCUUUGACGAGAUGGUGUUCUUCCAAGCUCAGCAGCGAACUGCCGAGACAGGAAUGAAACAAAUUUAUGUGUGCGUCGAGUGCUCCAAGCCUCAGACGGACUGA